UUGGCCGUAAAUACUUAAGGAGGCAGUUCUGGCUUGACGAAACUAAGGCUAGUUAGCUAACAAGCUAGUGAUACGGUUUUAGUACAUUUGUGAGGCCACGCAACCAGCUGGUCCGCCGUUCCCUCGUUCCUUGGAAGGCUGUCGUUCCCUUGGCUACGAAAGGCUGACCACACCGCUUUACGAAACGUAUAUUGUUGGGUGUCUGACUACCCCAGGCUCAUCAGUGUCAGAAUGGAAAAAGCCAAACAAGAUGCUUUCGACAGUGCAAGACUUCAAGUGAUUAAAGAUGGCUACGAGAGGGCAUUUGAGUAUAUCAAUAAAGGACUGUCAGAGGAUGAGGCUGGACACAAGGAGCAGGCCCUUACCCUUUACAAGCAAGGGCGGCAGUACCUUCUCAGGGCCAUCAGUGUGCCUUCAAGGGGAGGGGAGUGUGUUGGCAGCUCCUGGGAGUCAGCCAGACAGAUGCAGCAGAAGAUGCAGGAGACCCUUAACAAUAUUACCACUCGCCUGGCUAUACUAGAGACCAGCUCAGACCUUGGUUCUGGACCUGCACUUGACCCUAGUGGAAUAUCUGGGGGUAGUGAUGCGGCAACAUCUUCAGACACCUUCUACCCCAAACUCGCCACCAAAGAGAAACCAGAGAGGUCAGCGCCACCAAAGCAGAUCACUGCUGGACAACCAGCUGGAGCUGUAGGAGGCAUGCCUCUUUCACCUACAAGACAGCCCGUGGUUCCAGUUGAACAGCCUCCUGCUUACACUCCUCAGGCAGCUGAUGGCCACCUAAGUAUCUCGUAUGGGACCGAUGUGGGGGAACUUUCUUUGGUUGGGGAUGAGUUCUACAGCCACACGUCCAACUCUUCAUCAUCCCUUCAGAGCUUUGUAGAGGAUGGAACGGAGCUGCUCUAUAUCCCGCGUGGGGUGCAGAUAUUCUUUGUCACACCUGAGGGUCAAGUGAGCGCUCCCUCUUACCCAGGUUACUUGCGACUAGUGAAAUUUACCAAUGAGCGAUCAGAGAGCAUGCCCAACCGACCACCAGCAUUUUUGCAGGUGUGUGACUGGUUGUAUCCUCUCAUGGCCAGAGACUCUCCUGUUUUGCUGUGUAACACUGGGGUGUUUAUGUUCCCUGACAUGAUGGCUCUGGCUCCAGGCUCCUACGUUGGAGUAGUGCUGUCUUCUGAGCUGCCUGAUGCAGACAGAGAGCUGUUCCAGGACCUUCUCUCCCAGAUGACAGAUCUCAGGUUUCAGGUUGAUGUCACAGAAAGAGAAUGUGAGAAGAGAGGAAAGGGAGACCUGACCAUUACAGAGACAAUAGCCCCUGAUGAAGCAGCAGACACCAUUAAUCUCGGUCAGAAGGUGCCCAUUGCUCCGCCUGAAGAGGCUGCUCAAGAUGUAGCCGAGGAGGAUAAACCCCUACCUGAGUGGAGUGAAAAGGUGGCUAAUGGCAUCCUCACAGGUGCGUCCUGGCUAAGCUGGGGCCUUGUGAAAGGAGCCGAGUUCACAGGAAAGGCCAUUCACAAGGGGGCAUCAAAGCUCCGGGAGCACAUCACCCCGGAGGACAAACCCACCCAAGUCAGCCCCACCGUCACCAAAGGUCUUCAUGUUGCAAAGCAAGCCACUGGAGGAGCAGUCAAAGUCAGCCAGUUUCUAGUGGAUGGGGUGUGUACUGUUGCUGGCUGCGUGGGACGUGAACUAGCCCCUCAUGUGAAAAAACAUGGCGGCAAGCUGAUCCCAGAAUCUCUAAAGAAAGACAAAGAUGGGCGCUCCAACAUAGAUGGAGCCAUGGUUGUGGCUGCCAGUGGAGUUCAAGGAUUUGCAACCAUGUGGACUGGCUUGGAAGUAGCUGCAAAGAACAUCACUUCCAGCGUAGCGUCAGAGACGGUCACAACUGUAAAGCAUAAAUAUGGGUCAGCAGCAGGCCAAGCCACAGACCAUGCUGUCAACUCUGCCAUUAAUGUGGGGCUCACCGCCUUCAAUAUUGACAACCUGGGGGUCAAAGCCAUGGUGAAAAAAACUGGCAAGCAGACAGCAGAGGCCAUUCUGGAGGACUACAAGCUUCAGGACAAGCAGGAGCAGGAGAAGCAAGUAGAGAAACGGAACCAGUAGCCUGCCCCCUACCCCUUUCUCUCUCUUGGCAGCGCCUUAAAACAUUUUUGUAUAAUUAUAUAAAAUAGAUCUAUAUUUAAUAUGCUUUAUUUAUGAUACGUUUUGUAUUAACGUUGCAUUUGACCACUAAUAGUUGCAUAACUUUUGGUCCAAUACAGCUUUAGCACUUUAUUCUUUAUCAUAUAGUAUAUGAGACACAGAUUAUGAAAGAACUGAAGUGUACCCAUAUGCAAGUCACAAAUGUUAACUUUAUGUAUUGAUACUCUAUACAGUAAGUGUGCUUAUUGGUUGUUCAAUCUAUGAUUCUGUGUCAGCCGUUUUCAUUAAGCAUCACAGAUUUUAAUUUCCCCAAUAAUACUGAUGAUAAGGAAAAAGUAAAUGGUUGUGACUUGACCUACUGAAACUAUUUACACUGAAAUGGUUGGAUAUACUGUAGCUAGGAUAAGUGCAAUUUAUGUGGAUUGAAUUUUUUGGGGGGGGGGGGUGUCUAUCAAUAUCGACACAAUUCUUUCAGACAAAACAUAACCUUUUAUUUUUCAAAAAAUCAAUGCUGCUCACCGUGCCUGCAACUGUUAAUAUGCAAAAGUGGAAUGUUUUGUAAAACUUAAGUUGGGAAACUUCUUUUUUUUUUUUAUGUUCAUUGGGAAAAGGCGCCACUGAUGGUUAAAAGGUGUACUGCUGACACCUCUAAUCAAUACAGUCUCCUGGGGAAAAAAAAGUUUCUCCACACCAUUUCUGAAGAAUUAAAAAAAAAAAGUUAUAUAAUUUUUAUAUAUUCCUACCAGAAAAAUCAAUGUUCUCUUGGCACUUUCAUUAUCCAUUAUUGGUCAUUUUGGAAGAUGGAGCAUUCAUUUAAGACGUGUUUUACCUUAUGCUUUGCCCAUGGUUUUAACCUCCGAUAAGAGAAAUAAUUUAUUGUCUACUAUGAAUUUAAGGAAAUUAAAUGUGGUACAAAUUGUUUCCAACCCAGAUGAUGCUUCUCAAGCCUUAAGCAGUUUGGAUUCCCAUGUAUUUUUUAGAAGUGUUGACAUUUACUUCAGCUAACUGCUCCAAUGACUUCAAAUUAAAACAUUCCAAUAAAUGUAAUAGAAAUGUUUUAAACAUUCAGACGAAUGUUCAAGAAGUUAUUUAAAGUGGUGGUUGGCCAUCAUAAACCACAAGGAGCAAACUGGUUGUCUGUAGGUGUGCUCAUCAGUAAAAUAUUUUACAAUCAACCGGUCUAUUGAGAAGUCAAUGAAAAUGUGUUGGCUCAACGACACCACCUACUGACAGUUGUGUAUUCUACAUCAACAGGCCCAGACAAAGUAUUCAUUCACGUAAAGGUUCUUGAAUGUUGAAGGUUAAUUCUGUGAAAACUGGAUAUUUUCUGUAAAUUGUUUUAGAUGUCUAAUUUGACUGGUCUCAAUUAAUGUAUGAGUGUGCAGAUAACACAUUUUUGUUCCAUAAUAAAAGUGUUGAA